AUGACAGGGGUCCAUCAGGCAGAUUACCUGACUAGUGCUGAUCAGGGAAAAAACACGAAGCAGAAAAAACAUGAUGCUAUUGUUUAUGAACCUAAAGAACUUCUGAAUCCCCCUCCCAAAGUAACAAAUUGUUGCAAAUCACUGUGGGUGAAAUACAGUUUUCAGAACGCAUACAUGACCCGACUUGUCAGCAACCAGCCAGUUUCAGCCAUGCCAAGGAACCCAGGUCACAGUGCACCUUCUCAGCCCAAGGAUAAUAGCAUUGGCCAGAACCGUCACCAGGAGGAAAUAAUCCACAAGUUGGCCAUGCAGCUGAAGAACAUUGGGGACAGCAUUGAUCAAAGGAUGGUUCAAGAGGCUCUUCAACAGGAAGGCAGAGAUGCACUGGCUCAUUUUGUCUUAGUUUUCUUUGGAGGAGUUCAUGUGUUGCUGCGCUUUCUGUGGAAUAACCAUUUGAUGUGAAAGGAAUGUAAACGUCAAGUUCUGUUCUCCGUCUACCCUCUGAGAAACAUGAAUCCCACCAGGACAGAUGGGAAGGAGACCCUUCUCCGUGCCCCUCUCUCUUUACCUGUCACUGUUGGUUCAUGCCCGGUUGGUUGGGCAGCUGCGGCCUUCCCACUUGUUCAGAGCAACCGGCUAUGAGAAGUCUGUGGUUGCCUCAUGGUAGAGCCCAAGGUGGACUUAAGAACCCAGGAGAUGCUGUGGGCGGUUCCAAUGCUCCUUGUAAGGACACCUUGAGAAUUUCCUUCCAUGAGUAAAACUGACCUCAUCCUUGCACCAGAGGUCCCAAAAAUGAACCCUUUCUCCUGGGCGCCUCCCUGGGUACCGCCAGCGACCUGUUGGCCCCACUCUGGUUGCCCAUGUCCAGAUCCGCAGUGCCCCAAUUCCUCUCCUUCCUUUUUGUCUAUCUCAUGUUCCUUAC